CUUUCAUUGUCAAGGACAAAUGCAAACUGUCAAGUGACAAAUCAAAACAAAUCCAAUCUUAUUUGCUGUAUUAAAAUAUUAAAGGUUUAUAAUGAUGUCAACAAACAAAGAACUUAAAGUUGUACAAUAUGUCCCUUUCAAAUCUUUUGUACAUCCCUCUUUUUGGCACAGUUUUACGGAUAUAAAAUUGAAUAUUGAUAAAUUGGAAGAAGCCAAAAAAGAAAUUUACGGCCGUUACACAUACCGAGAAGAUGUUGGAACGGUGUUUGAAGUGGAUGGGACAUCUUUUAACAAGUUGCCGGAGACAGAACAACACUAUAUCAAUGUAAAGGGAACAUUAAUUAAUGUAAAUAAAUUAGAGGACUUCAAACAGUCGGACAAAAGCAUUUUACUUAAUAACUCCGGAGAAGAAGUAUGGUUAAAUGUGAAAUCCAAGGAUUGGAUCACUGAACCUAGUUGUUUGAUUAAUUUCUUUAUCUACUCUUACUCUGAUCUCAAAAAAUACCGUUAUUAUUACUGGUUUGGAUUUCCUUGUCGGAAUCAACCAACAGUAUACAUGAAUGAUGAACCAGUAUCAAUUACAACAAUAUUUAACGAACAACAACUUGAACAACUGAAUAAAGGAUUUAAUUCUCUUGAUUUAACACAAAGACAUUAUUUUAUAAUCACAAAAAACAAUGACUCUAUAACUGUUGAUUGUCUAUCAAAGAUUUUAGACCCAAAGAAACAAGUGCAAAGUAUAAAAGAUAUUGAUUUGUCUAUGAUUUACUUUGUGUUUACUGAUCCAAGUGGUACUACCAGUCCUGGUUGGCCGAUGAGAUUAUUUAUAGCAGCGCUUUUAGACCAUUGUCCUGAUUUAUAUAAUACAGAUAUAAAUAUAAUAGGAUUGAGAUGCAGUGCUAAUGGAAGCUUACAAAAAAGUCAAGUUUAUAACAUCAAAAUACCACAGAUAUCAGAGACAAGCAAAGAAAGUGCAGGUUGGGUUGGUUGGGAAAGAAAUGAAAAAGGUGCUUUUGGUCCAAAACUUGCUGUUAUGUCUUCAUCUAUGGAUCCUAUAAAGUUAGCAGAAUCGUCUUCAGAUCUCAAUAUGAGAUUAAUGAAAUGGCGAUUAGUGCCUGAACUUGAUUUGGAUGUGAUGAAGAGAACUAAAUGUCUCUUACUGGGUGCGGGAACUCUAGGCUGUCAUGUUGCUCGUAACCUUUUGGCUUGGGGAUUCCGUAAUAUAACAUUUGUAGACAAUGCCAAAGUAUCGUAUUCAAAUCCUACAAGACAAGUGUUAUAUACACAUCAAGAUUGUCUCAACGGAGGACAGAAGAAGGCGGAAGCUGCUGCUAAUAGUUUAAAAGCUAUUCUACCAACAGUUAAUAGCAAAAGUAUAUUUGCUCAUAUCCCGAUGCCGGGUUACCCUGUAGGUGAGGAUUUGAUGGAGGAGAUGUACAAUAACGUGAAGUUGAUAACAGAUGCCAUUGUAGAACAUGACGUUGUAUUCUUACUGCUGGAUUCAAGAGAAGCCCGUUGGUUGCCCACUGUUAUUGCGGCUUUACAUGGCAAGAUAGUGAUAAACGCGGCGCUAGGUUUCGACAGCUACCUAGUGAUGCGGCACGGUGUGGGGCUGAAUGUUGCGGGUGCGGGGGGCGAAGGCCUGCGCGCCGCGACCGUGCCCGGCGGUCGACUCGGCUGCUACUUCUGUAAUGACGUCACUGCACCUGGCAACACGUUUGCGGAACGCACGUUAGACCAGCAGUGCACGGUGACACGUCCGGGAGUGGCCGCCAUCGCCGGCGCUCUCGCUGUUGAGAUGUUAGCGGCUUUAUUGCAACAUCCUCUCGGUGUGGAAGCACCAGCUGUUUACAAUCCAGAUAACAAAGAGAUAGAUUCCGUAGACGAUGGUAUAUUGGGAUCGGUACCACAUUCAAUUCGUGGCUUUUUACAUUCAUACCAGACUGUUUUACCUACGUGUGCUAAAUUUACACAAUGUAUCGCUUGCUCCGAUGUUGUACUGAACGCUUACAAAGAUAAAGGAACUGAAUUCUUAUUAAAAGUAUUCGAAAGUGGGAAAUACUUGGAAAGGAUUACUGGCUUGGAGGAAUUACAUAUAAGUGCUGAAAUGAAUGAUAUGCUGGCAUUUUCUGAUGAUGAAAACCAAGAAAAUAUUGACAAUGAAUAAUCUCAAUUUAUAUAAAAGUAUAUAGUAUACAUUUUAUCAAUUGCAUUUAUUUCACAGCUUUUGUUAGAUAAACUAGGAAAUUAAGAAAAAGUUUAAGAUGUGAUAUUUAUCGUGGGCUUCUGAGAUCCCAGUUUAAAACAUACUUCUCUCUGUUUUGUCAAAGAUGACAGGGAUGAUAAUAUGUUUUAUUCAGAGAUUUGGGUUUUAGAAACUAAAAGUUUGAGCAUUUGCGAUUCAGGUAACAAACAUUUUCAUAAUAUUACAAGUAACUGCAUAAUCAGAAAGUGUGAUAAAAAUUAAAAAAAAAAUAUAAAAAUGUCUUAUUUUGUGUACAACGUUAUGUAUAGAAAAUUCUAUGUUGAAUAUAUGCUAUUACUUAUUUCUGUGAUAUGUUAAAAAAA